AUGCUGCAGGGCAGCUUGAUGCGGACAGCAGCUGGUCUGGGAUGGGAUGGUGUCUAUCUCCUCCCAGGGUGCUGUGACCCAUUCAAUGACAAGGCGCUGCGAGCCAGCCGGGGCGCUGCCUUCAAGCUGCCCAUUGCAGUCGGGGACUGGCAGGGCCUCGGUCAGAUAGCAGAGCAUCACAAUCUGACAUGCUUCGGAGCAGAGCCACAUGACAACACUGAAAAGGGACCCCUUGCAGCCAGGAGCAGCAGCAAUGAUGAAGCGUCGCCAGGCCUCGCAGUGGUGGGGCUGUAUCUAUUCAGCCCUGAUGCAGCCUUUGCUGCCGGAAAUGCCCAGCUCUGCCGGGCGCUCAUGAGUCUGCGCAGCGCAUGCCUUGACACAGUUCAGCGGGACGGAGAUGACGCACAUGGGCAGGCGAGAAUGACAGGCGUGAUUGAGGGCAGAGCCUUUGUGCACAAAAGGGACUCCUUGAAGACCGCAGUGGCCGCCCUGAAGGCUGAUUUGCGGCGCAGCUUGAGAGCAAGGAUGGCAGUGGUGCUCAUGGAUGCAGAGGACAUGGCACAGAGCGAAGAUGCAAAGCCUGAAUUGCUGCAGGCUGGUGCAGAGUUUUACCAGUCAGCGUUCAGGCUGCCAAUGCCUCAAAGGGCGCUGCUGCACUUCAAGGCACCAUUGUGUUUCUCGGACUAUCCUCUUGAAGAGGAGGCAGAUGCUUCGGUCAUCAGUACAGCGCAGGACUUGCUAGCACUGGACGUGGCACAAAUCAGCCAGAUUGACUGGCCUGAAGGAGCAGCAAGUAUACAAGAAGCUCCAGAACUGUGGCAGCCUUUGCGGACGAAGGCUGCGGUCGAUAAACCAGUAGCAGAUAACAAGGCGUCCUCAUUAUUUGCGUGUAACGAGUUUGUGGUUGGGGCAGUGUUGGUUGCUGGCCUGGGAAUUGCUGCAGGCCUGGCAUACAUAGCAAUGUAAAGCUUAACACCCUCACUCAUAUGAGUUGUGUGCAAUAAAAUGAAUGUGAUUUGAAAGCGUAUGCGUCGCAAUGGGAAAAGAGGCUGUUUAUAGGCGUUCGCAACGCAUAUGGACAGCUGAUGUUGAGCAAAGCGCUUUUGUAGCGUAGGUUGGGAACACCUUAAGCCAUUACCACUAUGCUGUUCGUGUCCUAACUAAUUUCCAUUGUGAGCACACGCUACUUUGUAACAAACAUCAUUUCUG